UGUGGAACCUGGUGGAGUGUACAUUUACUGUCUACUUCUGCUUCCCUCACAGUGUGGAACCUGGUGGAGUGUACAUUUACUGUCUACUUCUGCUUCCCUCACAGUGUGGAACCUGGUGGAGUGUACAUUUACUGUCUACUUCUGCUUCCCUCACAGUGUGGAACCUGGUGGAGUGUACAUUUACUGUCUACUUCUGCUUCCCUCACAGUGUGGAACCUGGUGGAGUGUACAUUUACUGUCUACUUCUGCUUCCCUCACAGUGUGGAACCUGGUGGAGUGUACAUUUACUGUCUACUUCUGCUUCCCUCACAGUGUGGAACCUGGUGGAGUGUACAUUUACUGUCUACUUCUGCUUCCCUCACAGUGUGGAACCUGGUGGAGUGUACACAAUCAAACCUUGGCCUAGAAAAUAUGCCUGUGAUCUCACACUGGACCCAAACACAGUAAACCAACAGCUCUCUCUGACGGAGGAUAACAGAAAGGUGACACGUAGGAGAGAGACACAACCGUAUCCUGAUCACCCAGAGAGAUUUGAGGUCUGGAAACAGGUGCUGUGUAGAGACGGUCUGACUGGACGCUGUUACUGGGAGGUAGAGUGGAGUGGGAGAGGGGCUUACAUAGCAGUGACAUACAAAGGAAUCAGCAGGAGAGGAAAGAGUACAGACUGUCUGAUUGGAUUAAAUGACAAGUCCUGGAGUCUGCAAUGCUCUGACCAACAUUACACGGCCAGGCACAAUCAUAAUCCCACUUCCAUAGAAGCCCCCUCAUCCAGCUUCCACAGAGUAGGAGUGUAUCUGGACUGGCCUGCCGGCACUCUGUCCUUCUACAGAGUCUCCUCUGACACACUGACCCACCUGCACACAUUCACCUCCACAUUCACUGAGCCCCUCUAUCCGGGGUUUAGGUUUUACUGUGACACCUCAGUGUCCCUGUGUCAGGUGUAG